CAAACUGAAAAUUUUGAAUUUUUUUUAAACUCAAAAAUUAAGAUUUUGAAAAAGUGAUACCUAAAUUUAAGAAAAUAAAAGUUUAAAAGCUCUUGAAUUUCAUUUGAAUUCGGUUUCAAGGUGGCUACCAAAUCAAACAUGACUUCCAAAGACGAUAACAAGAAAAAAUUCAGGUUUCAAGAAGGAGAAAAAGUUCUAUGUUUUCACGGACCGUUAAUUUACGAAGCUAAAUGCUUGAAAACUAGACGAAACGAUGCUGGAAUAUGCGAGUAUUAUAUUCAUUACGCUGGAUGGAAAAAAAGCUGGGACGAAUGGAUGACUGAUCUAAGAAUAUUGAAAUAUAACGAACAAAAUUUAACCAGACAACGAGAACUAACCAAAGCUCACAAAGAUGCCAAAAAAAUGAGAGGUAAAGCUAUGCUAGCUGCUGCAGCCGGUUCAGUUGCAUCUACUUUGGGUACCUCUUCAACGAACGCUACUUCCAAAAGUUCUGAUAUUGUAACCGACGAUGAAGACGAAUCUGCUCCGUCAGCUGUCUCGGAUAAACUCGUUACACCGGAAACGUCAAGUGAUAGUCUUUCUCCGUCUAAAAAGAAAAAAAGUGAUCCCGAAGUAGAGAUGGAAGAAGAAUUUUUAGAUAAAGUUGAAAUCAAAGUAAAAGUACCAGAUGAGCUGAAACCAUGGCUUGUUGACGAUUGGGAUUUGAUAUGUCGCCAAAGAAAGUUACUGACGUUGCCUUCCAAAGUAACCGUAGAUGAGAUAAUUGAAAAUUAUAUUAAACAGAAAACCUCUGGAAAAAAUGCCAAUAGUGCGAAUAAAGAAAGUGCUGCUGUUCAAACUGCCAAUAGUAUUAGAGAAUAUUUUAACGCUACUCUAGGUUCGCAAUUAUUAUACAAAUAUGAAAGAGUUCAAUAUGCGGAGAUUUUGGAAAAAUUCCCCGAUAAACCAAUGAGUUCAAUUUACGGAGCUGCCCAUUUAUUAAGAUUAUUUGUUAUUCUAGGAAGUCUUAUUGUUUACACCUGCAUUAAUGAAAAAACUGUUCAAGUAUUGCAAACACAGCUGCAAGACUUUUUAAGAUAUGUACAACGAAACACUGCAUCAUUUUUCAAUGUGCAAAACUACAGCCAUGCUUCGGCCGAAUAUCAAAGGAGAUUGUUAUGAAAUCUAAAUUUGUUUGGAAAUUUCUCCACUUGAAAAUGCUAAUGUUACGCCCUUGUUUGUAUUGAAAUAAAUUUUAUCGUUUUUA